AUGACUUGUAAUGUAAUAAAAUCGAAACUUCAAACGGCUUGUUGUUUAGUGGAAAUUACUAAACAUCGUAAGCAAUAUUUUCUUAUUAAUCUUUGCGUGAAGGCACUUGAGAUGAAAAACGACCCAGUAAUGUUGAAGUCGCCUAACCUUUCAAGAUCUUCCUCGACUCAAGCAAGAGAACAUUUCAAAGCAGUUUAA